GUAAUCAAUUCUGGACCGGACCGCUCCCUCCCCUAAUCCUAUGUCUUCUGCAACCUGAAAAAAAAAAAAAAACACAGAGCAGCUACUCUUGUUCCAUGGAUCCCCAAAACCCAAUGCCCCUGAAAACCCACUCGGUCUCCUCCACCGAUUCUCCCGAGUUCACUCACCUAACCUCCUCCCUGACUCGCUCCACCAUCAUUGCCCUCGACGCCGAGUGGAAGCCCCUCCGCUCCCACCACCCCACUUACCCAACCGUCUCUCUCCUCCAACUCGCCUGCCAACUCGGCGACGACUCUGUCGUCGUCUUCCUGCUCGACUUGGCCUCCGUCCCUCUGCCUUCAAUAUGGGUUCUGCUGAGGGACGCGUUUGUGAACCCUGAUGUUCUGAAACUGGGUUUCAGGUUUAAGCAGGAUUUGGUUUACCUGUCGUCCACUUUCAGCUCUCAGGGUUGUGAUCCUGGGUUUGAUAGGGUGGAGCCAUAUUUGGAUAUUACGAGCAUAUACCAGCAUCUGCAACAGAAGCAACAUGGGAAGAAGACACCAAAGGAAACCAAGAGUUUGGCAACUAUCUGCAAAGAACUCCUUGGCAUUUCUCUUUCAAAGGAACUACAAUGUAGUGAUUGGUCAUGUCGCCCUCUUACAGAAGAGCAGAAAACAUAUGCAGCUAUGGAUGCACAUUGCUUGCUUGAAAUAUUCAAUGUCUUCCGAGUGAAAGUCAUUAAGGAAGGGAUCUUAGUUCACUCUCCUUCUGAACCACAUCCCGCCAUUGUGAACCUUGGGUUGAAACAAGUUCUUGAGAAGCUUGAUAUAUGUAAUAAAGUUGUAAGGAUGAAAUUUUGUGAAGCCGUAGAUAUGGUCCGAGCUACUGAUGUUUCUAAUGAUAUAACUACUGUAGAGGGAACAGCUAUUAUGACACAGCAUAGGAAUACCCAGCCUAUGGAUGAAUUUCUCUUGAAGGUUGUAAGCAGAUAUGGGGAAAAGAUUUUAUUGGGAGAAUCUGAUAAGAAAGCCAAAGCUAGCAAAAGAAAAGGCAAAAGACGGUCAUCAGUGGGUUUCAAGCAAGGACAUUAUUUUGAUGAUUGGAAAGGUCCUGCACCAUGGGAUUUGACUGUAGGGGGUGAUGGACAUCCGAAGUUUUUAUGUGAUGUGAUGGUCGAAGGCUUAGCUAAACAUUUAAGAUGUGUUGGGAUCGAUGCUGCAAGCCCAUAUUCGAAAAAGCCUGAAUCCAGGGAAUUAAUAGAUCAUGCAAAUAGAGAGAAAAGAGUGCUCUUGACGCGGGAUGCUAAGCUACUUAGAUACGAGUAUCUAAUCAAAAAUCAAAUAUAUAGGGUGAAGAGUCUUCUCAAGAAUGAACAGCUACUUGAGGUAAUUGAAACUUUCCAACUGAAAGUUAGUGAAGAUCAGCUGAUGUCAAGAUGCACCAGAUGCAAUGGUAGGUUUAUUCAAAAGCCCUUGACGACUGAAGAAGCUGUGGAAGCUGCAAAAGGUUUCCAAAGAAUCCCUAACUGCUUGUUUGAUAAGAAUCUACAGUUUUGGCAAUGCAUGGACUGCAACCAGCUUUACUGGGAGGGAACUCAGUACCACAAUGCAGUUCAGAAGUUCAUUGAUGUCUGCAAGUUGAACGAGUAAGUUGAACUGGAUAAUCAUUGUGCAUGCUAGUGGCCUAUUUGUUCUCGCUCGCAUUUUCUGAGGUCUAAUUUCAAUCCUUGUUGUAAUAUAAUCCUGUUGAAUAGUUCCAAGCAAUCUAUUUUACCAUCCAUAUCAGUGAUGGUAUUGCCUCAUGCCCCCACUAGGUAUAGAAGUCAGCUUGAUCUUGAAGUAUAACAAUUAACUUUAACAUUCUGUUGGAUGUAGAAGUGAAUGUAGGGGACAAAUUCUCCCUAGUUAACGGGAUUAAAGUAUGAAUCUACUUCAUUUUCAAUCUAAGGAAUGUUCAGGGUGA